CGACAAUCGACGCAUCCAAAACCUCCCCUUCCCCAGACACACAUGGACCGGAUCUUCAACGUGGCUCACUGUGCCUGCACUAUUUUUACACUAUCUGCCAGGGGUAAAGAACCUGGCUUGAACUCGAACCUACGCCCACUGCGGACGUUGAAUUUCCCUUUGUUUGUUGGCGCUCUUUACCCUCCGAAGCACAUCUGAACCCCCGGUUGUUCCGCCAUUGAUUGUUGCCUUUCUCACACCACCACCACCGCCAUAUCGCGCUGUUGGACUCUUCCUCGGAGAUGAUCCUUCCAUAGUCCGACUCCCAUUACGUUCCUUAUCGUUUUCCUUCUUACGCUCCUUAUAAUACUUUUAAUAAAACGAAGCCAUCGCCGCCGCCGCCGCCGCCGCCGACCAGACCGAGCACCGAGCAGCCCACAUACCCGCCCCCUCCCUAUCGGCCAGGCUUACGGCAUGCCCACCGAUCAUGGAAUCUCUUGUUUAUGAAAACUCGCCUUUGGCGGAUUAUCUCCAAGGGGAGGGUGAGCACGACCCAAGCUGGCCCGUUAAGGAGACAGAGAAUAGCGAUAUUGCCUCCGAGUCAACAGCGGCGGAUUUUGCUCCACGAGGAGCGUCAAGAUUUCAAGAACGGAUCCGGAAUAAGCUCCCUAGACCACUAGACCUUAAGUCAUCGCACCAAAGAGCGGCUCUAGGCAAACUUUACGACGCCUGUACGUCGGCGUUGAAUUCGCGUGUUGGACGAAGCGAUAAUGAGAGGUUUCUGGAACAAUUCGGUUAUGUCAUCGUCGCGUCGCAGUUGCUGAACGAGCAUAGCGCCCCUUCCUAUACUUCGGCUGCAGAUGUGCUGUCUAGUUCGCGUUCGGCCGAUCUUCCGUCAAUUUCUUCAACUUUUGGACUACAGGGCGCCGUUGUCACAGCUUCGACAUCCUUCUCUAUCGCUUGGUUGCUGCACUGGAGUCGUCCUCGAACGGGCUCAGGCCUGAACCCCCGAAAAGUUGGCGUACUGUUAGUCUUGGUACCCGUAAUCGGGGUGCUGUUUUAUGCAUUCGCUAAACGACAAUGGCUUAAGUAUUUGCGACACCAAUCUGUGGAUGCGGCGGCAUUUUUCAUUGGCAACGCUCAAGGGUUUGAUUCUGCUGCUUCGGCAUCGGUCGUGUUCAUACAGGAGGUUGAGCUAGUCUCCAGAGGCUACCGCAUAAGCACACCAUUGCCUCCCAUAUCUAGACUCGAGGAUCAAGCGCAAACGCGGCGAUGCUUGAGGCUGCGUCGGACUGUGUCGGAAUGCUUCUACGCCAUGUUGAAACGGUAUAUACAGGCACAACGCUCUUUGCAACCCGUCACGGAUAAUGACAACCUGGCCAAAUAUUAUGACAUUUACGAUGUCUCGGAGGAAGAAUUAGCGGAGGCUGAAUCAGCACUCGCCGAGCGGGCGGUUGAAGAUCAAUACUCCUUACGCGCUCUUCGAACCCUAUUCGGACGGUUAUACAUCGUGAGAAAGAGCAUACUCUGCUGCCUAUUGGCUUUGGGUGCCGAUGGUGGAGGAUCCGACAUCGCGCGAUGGACCAUCGCUAUCGAGCAGAUGCAGGACCUGGCCGAGGUAACCGGCAGAAAUACAGAAAAGAUGACCAACAUCCUCAAUGAGGAAGACAGCAGUCAAGUUCCUCGGUCUCCCCUACCCACAGCAUCUCCUAAUAAAGAGCAUCUCCGUGCGCAAUAUCGGAAGCUUAACUCUCUUUCACAGGCAAUCCGCGCGCUUCACGCAAAAAUGCAUCUCAUCAGAGAAAUGUCUAGUGCCAGUUUGGAACAAACGGAUGCUGAUGAGAAUGACGAGAAUGAAGCGACGGUUGCUUCUCACUACGAAUCAAUCGGAACGGACAUAAAAAACCUUCUCCAAGAAUGGGAGGAUGGUAAAGCCGCCAUGGCCAGUAUCACGCCAGACAAGCGAUUGAACGUGGAUCGACUUUCGAGGCCGUUGAGUGAGUGGAAGCUGCCGUCAUCCCCCACUCCUAGUCUAGGCGGUUCCACAGCGGUGGAAGGUAGUCCAGCCGAUGCGCUUAAAGCCUUGAAUGGCGAAAGGCCGGAUUCCAGCAUCAUUCAUACCAUCGAUGACGAGGAGGAAAUCUUUGAAGCCGUGGCCCUCCCAGCCCGUAGCAAGAGACAAUCCUUGACGAGAGAGGAGCGAAUCGCUCGGGUCAAAGAAGACCGAGCAAAACAAGCAGCGGCACGCGAGCGCCUUGAUGCGAACACCAACAUGCUAAAGGAGCUUGAGAUGGUUAUCAAGCAACGACCACCAGCAGCUUCAAAGCGGAUUACUAGCAUCUGAUCUCCCACAUACCCCCGCUAUCCCCUCUCUCCCCCUUCCUUCUUCGCCUCUCCUAUAAUAUCUCCUUGUGCCCCUACAUACUUCUGAAUCCUGUUAUUUGGAGAGAACUGUGACAGUCAGUCAGCAAACCAUGCGGUUGAUACCCAAUGUAAAUAGAGUGGACCGGUGUCA